ACUGAGAGGAGAAAUGGCGCAGAAAGGAGUUCAGCUGGACCAAGAAACUUUCUCUUGUUCGAUCUGUUUGGAUCUGCUGAAGAAUCCGGUGACUAUUCCCUGUGGACACAGCUACUGCAUGAACUGUAUUAAAAGCUUCUGGGAUGAAGAGGAAAAGAAGAAAAUCUACAGCUGCCCUCAGUGCAGACAGACUUUCACAGCGAGGCCUGUCCUGGUGAAAAACACCAUGUUAGCAGAUUUAGUGGAGCAGCUGAAGAAGACUGGACUCCAAGCUGCUCCUGCUGAUCACUGCUAUGCUGGACCUGAAGAUGUGGCCUGUGAUUUCUGCAUUGAGAUGAAGUUAAAAGCUGUGAAAUCAUGUUUAGUCUGUCUGGCUUCUUACUGUAAGGAACACCUUCAGCCUCAUUAUGAUGUUGCUCCAUUAAAGAAACACAAGCUGGUGGAGCCCUCCAAGAAGCUCCAGGAGAACAUCUGCUCUCGUCAUGAUGAGGUGAUGAAGAUGUUCUGCCGUACUGAUCAGCAGAGUAUCUGUUAUCUCUGCCCUGUGGAUGAACAUAAAGGCCACGACACAGUCUCAGCUGCAGCAGAAAGGACUGAGAGGCAGAGAGAGCUGGAGGUGAGUCGACAAAACAUCCAGCAGAGAAUCCAGGACAGAGAGAAAGAUGUGAAGCUGCUUCAACAGGAGGUGGAGGCCAUCAAUCAGUCUGCUGAUCAAACAGUGGAGCACAGUGAGAAGAUCUUCACUGAGCUGAUCCAUCUCAUCCAGAAAAGAAGCUCUGAUGUGAAGCAGCAGAUCAGAUCCCAGCAGGAAACUGAAGUGAGUCGAGUCAAAGAGCUUCAGGAGAAGCUGGAGCAGGAGAUCACUGAGCUGAAGAGGAAAGAUGCUGAGCUGAAGCAGCUCUCACACACAGAGGAUCACAUCCAGUUUCUACACAACUACCCCUCACUGUCAGCACUCAGUGAGUCUACAGACUCAUCCAGCAUCAAUAUCCGUCCUCUGAGCUACUUUGAGGAUGUGACAGCAGCUGUGUCAGAGGUCAGAGAUAAACUACAGGACAUUCUGAGAGAGGAACGGACAAACAUCUCACUGACAGUCACUGAAGUGGAUGUUUUAGUGCCACAAUCAGAGCCAAAGACCAGAGCUGGAUUCUUAAAAUAUUCACGUGAAAUCACACUGGAUCCAAACACAGUACAGAAAAAUCUUGUAUUAUCAGAAGGACACAGAAAAGCAAUACUUAUUUUUGAAGAUCAGUCUUAUUCUCAUCAUCCAGACCGAUUCACUGGAUAUGAACAGGUCCUGAGUAGAGAGAGUCUGACUGGACGUUGUUACUGGGAGGUGGAGUGGAGAGGGAUAGGAGUUGAUGUAGCAGUGACGUACAAAAAUAUCAACAGAGAGGGGAAUGAAUGUAGAUUUGGAUGUAAUGAUAAAUCUUGGGCAUUAGAGUGCAACAACAAGAGAUAUAUAUUUUGGUACAACAACAUUCAAAUUCCCAUCUCAGGUCCUCGUUCCUCCAGAGUAGGAGUGUACCUGGAUCACAGAGCAGGUAUUUUGUCCUUCUACAGCGUCUCUGAAACCAUGACUCUCCUCCACAGAGUCCAGACCACAUUCACUCAGCCGCUCUAUGCUGGACUUUAUCUUAGUGGAUGGUUUGUGUUUGGAACAAGUGUUGAAUUCUGCAAACUGAAAUAAAUGGAGAUAAUUAUCAGCUGCAAGGGUGAGGUUGGUAUUAAUUUUAAAUUUUUGAGUCUUUUUGUUUGUGUAUGACAUUAUGGCAAAAAUGAUCCAGUAUAAAUCUAGUGCAGCACGUUUUUUUCACAAAUAGCAGUUGGAAUGUGUUUAUAUGUCUGUUGGGAGAGAUUUUGUGUUAAUGUCACCACUGUGGAAGAAAAAUGUGCAGCUCUGUAGCCUGAAGAUGAAGAUAAACACAAGCUUGGGGGGGAAUGGCCCCUUCCAGGAGUGGAACACUGUGUGUUGUGUUUGUAAUGUGUUUGUAACACCUCUAUAACACACCUUUCCUCCACAAUGACAGCAGACUGAUUAGUCAUUAGAAUUGGGACUGAUGUGCUUCAGUCACAAUUCUCUGCAUUAAUGUUUUAUUUUUGUUAUUUUUAAUGUUAUUUUAAACUCUUUUACCUUUGUUAACAAAAAACAUUUGCUUUAAGAUAAAAAGUGGAGAUUGUCAUUUGUUUGCUUUUUAAUUACACGAUUUAUUUUGUUCUCCUUGUGACUAAAAAUAAUUCAUUGCACAGGAUUAAAGGCUA